AUGGAGAGCAUUAAAAUUAACAUUCCUACAACUACUAAAUCUGAGCUGCCUGAGAGUGGCAUAAAAUCUGGAAGUAGAGAUUGGUUUCAGAUUCAAAGGGUAUGGAAGUUUUGCAAGGAAGACAACAGUAGUAUAAUAUUUGCACUCAAAGUUGGACUAGCUGUUCUUCUUGUAUCUUUACUUGAACUCUUUAAAGCCCCUUACCAAGUCUUUGGGCCUAAUAUCAUAUGGGCCACUCUCACUGCUGUCCUAGUCUUCGAAUUCACUGUUGGAGCAACAUUUAAUCGUGGAUUUAAUCGAGCGCUGGGAAGCUUGCUAGCUGGAAUCAUGGCCAUUGCUGUUGCUCAGAUAGCGCUAUGCAGUGGCCACGUCGCUGAGCCUAUUAUUAUUGGUCUUAGUAUCUUCUUUAUUGCGGUCAUAACGUCGUUCAUGAAAAUGUGGCCAUCGCUUGUGCAGUACGAGUACUGUUUCAGGAUCAUAUUGGCAACGCAUUGCUUGAUCAUAGUUUCUGGGUAUAGAAUGGGGAACCCAAUUAGAACUAUGAUCGAUCGUUUGUAUGCAAUCGCUAUUGGAGGAAUGAUAUCAGUGUUGGUGAAUGUUUCUGUUUUUCCUAUAUGGGCUGGGGAGCAGCUACAUAAAGAGCUCGUUAAAAACUUCCAUUCAGUGGCAGAUUCACUUGAGGAAUGCGUCAAGAUAUAUUUAGAAGAGGGGUCACAAAAGUCUAAAUUCACCACGGCUAGCAUAGAUGAAUUUGUGGAUGAACCAGCCUAUAAGAAAUGCUUAAGCACCUUAAGUUCAGGGCCGAAGCUUGAGGCUUUGGCUGAUUCAGCAAAAUGGGAACCACCACAUGGACGAUUCCUGCAAUUUUUGUAUCCAUGGUCACAAUAUGUUGAAGUUGGGGCAGUGUUGCGACACUGUGCUUAUGAAGUUAUGGCACUCCAUAGCAUUGUACACGCAGAAAUUCAGGCACCCUACAACCUGCGGGCAGUGUUCCGAUCAGAAAUCCAAGAGGUGGUGAACCAGGCUGCAGAGCUAGUAAGGAUUCUGGGAAGAGACAUUAGCAGCAUGAAAUCAACCUUGAAAAACUCCCACAUUAACAAGCUUCACAGCUCGACCGAGAUGCUACAACGUUCUAUGCACCUCCAUUCUUAUCUGCUGAUCACACCCACUUUUGAAUCACCCUUCCCUGAUAAGCUCAAAACAGAUCAAACGGGAAUGGUGAAGCACCCAGAAAAGAACUCACACCUACUAGCUCAGAACAUUCCAAAUGGUAUAAUGCCAUCAAUACCACCAGAACAAUCAAUGAGGAAACAGUUGAGAAGACAAUAUUCUUGGCCAUGUAGUGAAGUGGGAGCCUUUGAAGAGAAUAUAGGGACAACCACAGAGUUGUUACCUAGGAUGAGAGCCUUGGAGAGUACCGCAGCCCUGUCACUGGCCAACUUCAUUUCCUCACUGGUCGAGUUUGUGGCAAGGGUUGACCAUUUGAUAGAGGCAGUUGAUAAGCUUUCCAAGAUGGCCAAGUUCAAGCCUCAUUGA